CGUGUUGGGACGGUACACAAAAGGUCGCUUCAUGGCGGCGGCACAGCACCGUGUCCUACUUUAGACGUGUUCGUUUAAAUUUAAUUGAAUAUACGUUAUCUGCAUCGCACUGUGCACGGCUUAUAUACAACUAUAACCUCGUUUUCAAAUUGAACAAUCUACUUUUGUUUUCAAUACUUGAAUGGUGCUUUUAUAUCGAAUUCGAUGUUGGUCUAAUUUUAGUCUAUUUUAUACUGUGUAACCGUGUGUGUAGGCCUAGUAGGAUACCCUAGGUAGUUCAACUGACUUACAUAAGUCAACAGUCAAUGAUUUAGUAUGGAUCGGGGACAAAACACCGUGGACAACUUUAUCAGGCAAUAUCAGCUCCGCCAAUGCUUGCAAGCAGUUCUGUCAUAACACAGUGGUGAAAUGACAACGUGAUUUGAACAGAGGCUUAAAUACCAUAUUUGAUUGGACGGUUUUCAUUGUUUUGAUGUUGAACUCAAGGAAUAACUACAGAUUGUCCCAGUAGACUUUAACUCCAUGAUUUGUACCUAGAGCAACACACCAGCGACAAAUCUAGUCUUUGUUAGACUUUACACCGGGACAAAAUGCCAAGCUUGUACACCAGUUGUUUGGGCAGGAGACAGAUGCCUGACGGGAAAGACCCGGAUAGGGAGCACUUUCCGCUGGUCUUCUCAGAGAAUGACCAGCAGAGUCUGAGAAGCGUGUCCGGCACCAUGGAGAGCCGGAAGGUCAAGGUCGAGCGGUACCAGAGUACGGACAGCCAGGCGCAGAGAGACGAGGCACAGGAGCGGCAGAGGCGGAGGCUGAAAAGGAAACAGAGGGAGAAGGAGAUGAAGAAAAGGGCCCACCACGUGGUCCACUCGUCCUGGAAAUGGCUGAAAAGAGGCUUCAUUGCCAUAGCACCGGCGAUGACGUCAAUGCUGACGUUUUCACCAACCCCGGCCAAUUUGAUCUACGCCACUUCUGAAGUUCGGCGAGACAUGUCCAGAAACAACAUGACUUCUAGCUAUAUUUAAAGGGAUGUUUGAUUCGACUUUAUCUAGGGAAUAAAUGCUUCAUAUGCAUAGGUAACAGAAAAAGGUGAACUUUACUUGCUCUAUGGACCGUCAGGCUCGAAUGGGAGCUGUACACUAUCAUGCAUACAUUAGUUUAGAGCUAGUACUGGACUAAAGAAACGUUACCAACAUGUAUGUAAGGAGAUGUAAGAAAAAUUGUAAGUUCGCUGUGUAGCUGUGCUGCUCAUUGUGUGUGUGUAUGUGUGUGUCAUGCUCAUCGGAAAAGAAAUUCUUAAAGAAUUUACCGAAUGUCUAUUGUAUGAACUUUAAUGUCCCUUGAAUUUUAUCGAAUGUCUAAUGUAUGAAAAUUAAUUUCUUUUACAUUUUACCGAAUGUUUAUUGUAUAAACUUUAAUGCCAAUUUCAUUUUACAAGAAGGCUUGUUGAAUGAAAUUAUACGUCUCUUACAUUUUAUAAUUCAUCAAUUUUAUAAACUUUAAUGUCUCUACUAUUUUAACGCUGACAUUUUAUCUGAUGUUUAUUUUAUGAACAUUAAUAUUUCUGCUAUUUUGCCGAAUGUCUUUUGUAUGAAAUAACGGAUCAGCGUGGCAUAACAGUAGCGCGCUAGACUGCUAACCCCAAAAGUCUUGAGCUCGAAUCCGGGUUCAGUAAGUGAAACGUCCCUGAGUCCGCAAAGCCCUAAUGGGUGCCUAAUUCACGUUAGGGAAAGUAAAGAUGGACAGCAUAGUGCUGAUUACUUUUUUCUUUCAUACACCGAAGUAAAAAAACAAAAAAAAAACAAAUGAACUCUACUUCUUCUGCCCAAUGGAUCGCUAGGUCUAAAUAGGAAUCUACCGAAUGCAUGUUGUAUGCCCAUAUACUUGUAUGUCCCUUACAUUUAAAAAAAAAGUCUAUUUUAUGAACUUUAGUGUCUCUACUAUUUUAUUGAAUGCCUGCUGUAUACCCAUGUAUUGUAUGUCCAUUACAUUUUAUAAAAAAUGUCUAUUUUAUGAGCUUCAAUGUCUCUACUAUAUUACUGAAUGCCUGCUGUAGGCACAUGUAUUGCAUAUCCCUAAUAUUUUACCGAAUGUCUAUAUUGUAAGUUCUAGUGUCUGUACUAUUUUACCGAAUGCCUGCUGUAUGCCCAUGUAUAGUAUGUCCCCUACAUUUCCCCCUGCCCAGCCAGUGUGUAGGCUGUAAGCUGUGAUACACCCCUCAUGUGUGUGACUCAAGAUCAGCUGGUCUAUUGAUUAUUUACAUUACCAUACAUGUUUGUUUUUUAAAAUGCAAUUUUCAAGUAUAUUUAUGUUCAUUUGUUCAUUAUGGUCAUGUAUAUAGAAUGUAUCCCUGUAGUUUCAAUGAAGGCUAAAUAUAGAUUCACGUGAUCUUUGAGAAUACCUGGGCUAAAUAAACGGAAAGUUUCAAGUAAUAGGCUACAGCAAAUACAGAUCAAUACAGCCUGUUGUAGGCCUAGCUUUAUAAUUCUUGGGUGUCCUCUCACACAACGAACAUUUUCUGCCUGUAAAACCCAAAUGUACUUUCAGUAAACCGAACAUUGGCUUUAAAAUAUCAGCUAUUUACUUUUAAAAUCUAUUCCCACUAGCUGCCAGUCAACAAAUACAAUUUUUAUACGUUGUUUGUAUAUAUUUUUGUGAUACUUUUGAAACAUUUACUAAACUUUAUAGAGAACACGAAAUAUAUUUUAGAUGUUAACAACAUGACAUUUUUAAUAUAUUUACAAAGCACCAGUGAGAAGAAGGGGUAUUUUAAAAGUGUGUACAGACUUUAAGAACCGUUUUAUGUAAACAGACAAUUAUAAAAUAAAUAAAAUGUUAUAUAAACGUU